CAUCAUCUCGCCGUACCUCCGCCUUUCGCACUCAUUAUUGUAUCACCUGCUUUCGAAACCUUCCAAUAUGAGCCCUUCUCUAUCCGAUGCUUCGGUUCUCCCAAAGCCGGGCAACACCGUCUGCGCCGCCUGUCAGAAGGCGGCGGCACCCGGGGAGACUCUGAAGCGUUGCCAAAACUGCCGCAGUGCGCCGUACUGCUCUAAGGAGUGCCAGGUCGCAGAUUGGAAGAAACACAAGCGAAUCUGCUCUGUAUAUAUGCGCGAUAGCGCGCUCGGCUUUACCACUACGAAUGUCAACGACGACGGCUCGAAGGGCAAGAAAGGUCGAGCCGCUCGUACGAGAAUCGAAGUGCUUCAAGACCUGGCUAUCUGGGGCCAAGCGCAUAACGAAGACACGCUCACCAUAGCCUGCUGGCAAGCAAUGGACCUGCUGAACGACUUCGGCAAGGCCGAGACUCACUUCCUUGUGAUGACGCUCCGCAAGAAUGAAACCUGGACGAGCCCUCGUACCAUGUACAAGUUCGUGGAUGCCCAGAUCCUCCCAGUCACGCUCCUCUCCGAGAGAUGCAAGCCUGUGCCUGGUGCGGUCCGCGACGGGCGACCCCCUAACUUCAUCAAGGGCCCGGACAAACUCAAGCACGACUUUCCCGCUGCCAUUGGCUGCGCUCUUGUGAUGGCAUACGAGCUCGAGCCGGAUGAGAAUAUGACUGUUGAGGAAGCGUUCAUGAAGAAAAACUCACCGGCCUAUCAACCGAUACCUCUGUGGCAAGAACACAAGGACAAGUUCAGUCGCUAUCCGUCCUUCUUCCCGAGUUUCUGGAAGCUGUGCUUGAAGAAUGGGAUGGAUGGUGGAGGCUGGUCCCCCAUCUUUGAGCCCUGGUCUCCUGCCCAGUCUUGAUCAUCGAGCCAUUGGAAUCUACAACGGUAACGCUAGAUGAAAGUAAUGACCAUCAACCCGCAGCUCAUUCGACCACCCGUGUAUCAUGUUACAACUUCAUACCAACCGUAGAAUCAGGCCGUCCCGAUGCCUCCUGUUCCAAGUUACCCUGUCCCGUGUCUACGUUUCUGUCCUCUCUGUGUAUAAUAGCCGACGCCACGAUGUCGAGACGCUGUAGCUGUAAUUAGAUCCAUGAUUUAC